ACACAUUAUUACUUACUCUGAAGUAUGUUGUUAUGGGUAAAUAAAUGCGGAAGGUUGUAAUAACAUUAUAGUGCUGGAUGAUAAUAAGCUGUAACAUCGAGUUAGCUCUAUACGUGUGACGUUGUCCGCCGAAAUAGACUUUCCCCUUUGUUUUUUUUAUAUGUAACUUUUAUCCAUUUUGCGAGUGUAAGUAAUAUUAUAAGACAACUACCUCUGUUGGUGGCCAAUAAAUAUGUCUACGGAAGGAUCACCGAUUCAUUUGGCAGAUGAACUGAAAGGAACCCUUUAUGAUCCAGAGUAUACAGCUUACAUUAAUCAGCGAAUGAGAGUACCAGAAAGGUUAAGAAUUGAUGGUUCGUCGGAUGAACUGUACAAUUCGACCAUAAUGCCCAACGAAGUUUUUGACAUGCGUGUUCCAGAAAGGAUAGUUGUAGCAGGGAAUGAGCAACACAUAGGUAUCAAAGGAAUUCCAAGAGAAAUUGAAUAUGAAAAUAGCAUCAUGCCAUUGAAAGAAUCAGUGAGAGUGAAGACUCCUCCAUCAGUCAUAAGGCUUGAUGAAUACCCUUUUCCUUCUGCAUUUGAGUUCACUUCUGAGGCACCUGCAGAGAAGCCUGGUGCACUUGUUAAACCUAAACCACGUGUGGACCAGAAAUUAAUUAGCAGGGAGGCCACACCACCAAUAGGACCAGCAGAAGGUCUUUCUUACAAUGAAGAAAUCACCCACUUAAGACGACAAAUGGCUAAACUAAAUCGUCGUGUCAUGGCCAUAGAGUUGGAUAAUAUUAAAAGGCAGCAGCGUGAAAAAAUUAUUUUGGCUUGUGGACUCGCAUACAUUGUUUUGAAAACAUUAAUAUGGCUAAAUCGCUCACAGUAGUAAUCUGUAAAUAAUAUGUUAAAGAAUGAAAUGGUUCUUGUUAAUAAGCUAUGUAAAUCCAAAGGUGCAUUACUUGUAAGUUGGUGUGAAUAUAGUGUGCUAAUGUAUCACCAAAUAAAUAUCCAUGAGGCUUGACAGUUUAUGCAAAUUAAGGCUGUAAUAAAAUAGUAUUAAUUUUUGUAAGCCGUGUUGGUUUCUGUGAUCCUGAAUAAUGACACUAAGCACCUGUGAUCAGACUGACUUUGACUCCAAACAUUGUCUGCUUAUUAAUCUGGAAAUAUAGCUUUUAUAUUUUUGUGCAUUUUAGUUUGCAGUAGUUUUGUUCUUAGACUUUGAACAUUAAUGAUAAAUUUGUGUAUUUAGCCUUUCCAUGACAAAGCUGAGCUCAGUUGGCUUGGAAAAACACCUUUAUGCUUACAAAGAAACACUAUUUGUGGAUUUCUACAUCUGAAUACAUUGGACCAAGCCAAAACAGUAGCUCCACAAAUAAUUAUAAUGUUUUCUGAUAUAAAAUGUUUUCAUUCCAUUGUGUAUCAGAAAUGUGUGUAAAUCUUUGUAAAUAUGAAGUCAAUGUCAGUGACAAUUGUUGAAAAAUAAACUUUUUUAUAUAUUCUAAUGCAA